ACCGCUAUCGCUGCUGCCUAUCGCAAGGCCUUCGUAUCCCGGAAGUGGCUGAUCCUAUGGAUUUGAAGGGGAGGCGGUUCCUCUUACUACGGUGGCCGGGAUGCUCAAAGUACCUGUAGCUGCAGCGCUGAGGUUGGAGCGCCUGCGUGUGUGCGGGCUGCUUUUGUGGUGGCUGCUGCUAGAGCUGGAGCACUUCCCGGGUUGGUGGCUCCUGCACAUUUUUACAGUUCUCCAGUUCUUCUGUUUCGGUUGGGUGUUGAAAACAAAGACAUAUUUUAGUAGAAAUUCUCCUGUAUUAUUGCUUGGAAAAUGUUACCAUUUUAAAUAUGAAGAUGAAGAUAAAAUGUUACCUACAACAUCCGGAUGUACAAUAGAGGAUCACGUAAUUGCAGGAAAUGUAGAAGAAUUUCGUAAAGAUUUCAUUUCUAGAAUAUGGCUGACCUACAGGGAAGAAUUUCCUCAAAUAGAAGGCUCAGCUUUGACAACAGACUGUGGUUGGGGCUGUACAUUGAGAACUGGCCAGAUGCUCUUGGCUCAGGGACUCAUACUACACUUUCUUGGUAGAGCUUGGACCUGGCCUGAUGCUUUGAAUAUUGAAAAUUCAGACUCUGAAUCAUGGACUUCCCACACUGUCAAAAAAUUUACAGCAUCAUUUGAAGCAUCGCUUUCAGGGGAAAGAGAACUCAAAACCCCAACGAUUUCUCUGAAAGAAACAAUUGGGAAAUAUUCUGAUGAUCAUGAAAUGCGAAAUGAAAUUUAUCACAGGAAAAUCAUAUCUUGGUUUGGUGAUUCCCCCUUGGCUGUUUUUGGCUUACAUCAACUAAUAGAAUAUGGAAAGAAAUCUGGGAAAAAAGCAGGAGAUUGGUAUGGACCAGCUGUGGUUGCUCACAUUUUAAGAAAAGCAGUUGAAGAAGCAAGACACCCAGAUUUACAAGGAAUAACUAUUUAUGUUGCACAAGAUUGUACAGUUUACAAUUCUGAUGUAAUUGACAAACAGAGUGCUUCCAUGACCUCUGAUAAUGCAGAUGACAAAGCUGUUAUUAUUCUAGUUCCUGUUAGACUUGGUGGAGAAAGAACCAACACCGACUACUUAGAGUUUGUGAAGGGUAUUUUAAGCCUGGAAUAUUGUGUGGGUAUUAUUGGUGGCAAACCUAAACAGUCAUAUUACUUUGCUGGAUUUCAAGAUGACAGUUUGAUUUACAUGGAUCCUCAUUACUGCCAAUCUUUUGUAGAUGUCAGCAUAAAGGAUUUCCCUCUUGAGACAUUCCACUGCCCUUCUCCCAAAAAGAUGUCAUUUCGAAAAAUGGAUCCUAGCUGUACAAUAGGAUUUUACUGUCGAAAUGUUCAGGACUUCGAACGAGCUUCUGAAGAAAUCACCAAGAUGCUGAAAUUUUCUUCUAAGGAGAAAUAUCCCUUAUUUACUUUUGUAAAUGGUCAUUCCAGAGACUAUGAUUUCACAUCGACUACAACCAAUGAAGAAGACCUUUUUUCAGAGGAUGAAAAGAAACAAUUAAAAAGAUUUAGCACAGAAGAGUUUGUCUUGCUUUAAAGACAUUUGUGCUUGAUGAGAACAAUUCCGUUGAAAGGGGAAAGUAUAUUCGAAACGUUUAUUUUCACAAAUAUCUCAAUUUUAUAUGUUCUUUAAAAAAAGAACAUUUGAAAAUAUAAAAUUUUAAAGAUAUUUUUCUAAAAGAGAAACGAUUUAAUGAAUCUUUCUUUCUAAUAAAUAAAUUGAGUGAUUCUGGUUGCAUUCCUAUUUCCCUAAUGUCUACUAAUGAUAACUCUAUCUUAACUGUAAGCCUUUUAGUCUUCUAAGUCUUCUACCUGAGCCCAUUGUUCUCAUGGAGGUUUUGUGAUACUAAUCCUCCCCUAAAGACUGGGAUCACCAAAUAGUUUCAAAAUUCUCAGUUUGUACUAAUGAUCAGAAGAUCAGAGAAGGAAACUUUAAUGCUGUCUAGCUGCCUGCUAUGAAUACAAUCAGAUAAUACUUUUGCAUAUGUCUUGAUAAUUAAAUAGUAUUUGUUAACUGUGAUAUGCACUUACAUAAGCAGAAUUAUGAGUUAAAGGAAUACUUAGCAAUAUGGUUUUAUAAUGGCUCCUCAUUAUGCUUGCUGUUGAACCUUUGAUGAGGAGUGAAUAUUGGAUUUCCCCCACAAACUUAAAGGUUAUGUUAUUAAUACUAUUAUAACUGCAUCCAAUCAAGUCAGAUAAAGGUAACUAUAAAAUAGUAGUAUUGUUCGUUUCCUAUCUCAAGGGUGAAAUUUUAUGGAAACUCAACUUAUACAGUUUUUAAAUCUAAAGUACCAAGAAAGAUGUCACUAGAUUCUCUUAUAUGUGGUUUUUGUUAUUUGUAUAAAGCAGUGUAGUGGUGUUUAGAAGCUGAGGCCACCUGUAAGACAAAUCUGCCUUACGUGUAUUAUGUGUUACUUAAAGGCAAAUUUGUGAUCUAAAAGUACAAGAGUGAUAAUGGAGGUAGGAUUAUGAAAUACAUAAUAAAGAUGUGAGAGAUAAAAUGCUUGUUUUGGUUUUAAUGUUGGGAUUAUUUUAAUCCUUUCAUUUGAAAAAUCAGUGUCUCAAAUGAAUUCUGUUUAUUUAUAAUAAAUGCAUAUAAUAUUGCUCUGAAAGCAAAAUACUAAUUUUUUUAAAUGGAGCUUUUAUGUUUCAGUGUAGAAACAUGACUUAUAAAGACAUAAAAUUGUGUAUCAUCUGAA